GACCUUUCAGCUGCAGACUGAAGAGGGAGGGGCUGAGGUAGCGCUAGCUAGCUUGCAGAUUAUUCCAGAUUACUGAAAGAAGCGUGGCGACCCAUAGAUCGAGCUACUGCACUGCACUGCAUGGUCUCUGUGUGUACUAACCGUGAUUGAAGGUACACUAUGUCCAGCCCCUCUAGCUCCAGCUCUAAGAGCACCUACAACACUCUACUAGGAGCCACUGCUAAUAUCCAGGACAGCACACAUGUACAUCUCAUUCCACACACAAACCUAUGGAGGAGAUCGAGAAUUCUCAAACGUUCGAAUGGACGAUCUCUUAUGAAGCAUGUCAACAUGGGGUCACUCCGACUGAGUGUAUUUGGCUACCUAACCGAUGGCUUCACUACGAUGAUGAACUCUCCAUGGUGGAUUGUCAUCGCUCUCUUCUCCACUAGCUACAUUGUUUCAUGGCUUGCCUUCUCUGGCAUGUGGGCUUUCGUGGCUUACGUUGACGGCCAUUUCAACAACACCUGUCUCAAUAACGUGUACGAUUUCAACUCUGCUUUCCUCUUCUCUAUUGAAACACAAAUCACGAUUGGCUAUGGGAACAAGUACGUUCAGAACGACUGUGGGUGGGGCAUAUUCUUCUUAAUGGUGCAAUGUCUAGUGGGUCUGCUUAUCGACUCUUUAAUGCUUGGUCUCAUAUUCUCCAAACUAACGCGACCUCGGAACAGACGAAAGACGAUGGUCUUCAGUGACAAAGCUGUGCUUUAUAAGAAAGAUGGAGACACAUUCUUUGAGUUUAGAUUGUGCGAUUUACGUCGCUCACAAAUUGUGGAGUGUCAUAUUCGCCUCAUUCUCUACUGGAAUCGUCUGAUUGACCCUGAGGCCACUAGCAAGGAGAAACGAUACGCCUUUGAGCAACACGACCUGGAGUGUGGUUAUGAUGCAGGGACUGACAGAAUUCUCCUCUUAACCCCUGCACUAGUGCAUCACAAGAUCACCGAGGCAAGUCCCAUGCAUGAUUUAACCCUGUCUGACCUGAAUAACCAAGACUUUGAGGUAUUGGUGAUUGUGGAGGGGAUUGUGGAGGCUACGGGGUUAACUGCUCAAGCCUUGUGGUCGUACACGAAUGAGGAGAUUGUAAGAGGUCAGCAAUUCUUGUCAAUGGUUCGGCGCCAUCAUGGUCAGUGGGAGAUCGACUUUUCCCGGGUGAAUGCCAUGGAACAGUCUCAGUCUUAGCCCUUGUGUGGGCGUGGCUAACUAGUGUGCUCAACUUGAUCUAGACUAUGAUUAUCUGAUUUUAUGGAGUCAUAAUUAUUAUUAUUAACUUAGUCACGUUGUCUAUGAUUAUAAUUUAUACGUAUAUCAUUUAUUGUUGAUGAGUUUGUUGCACUAUUAUCAUUAUUAUUGAUCAAUCA